AUUCAGCGUCGCGGGCUUCCGUAUUCGGUUUUUUGCCUUCGUUUCGUAGUGGUUGCGUACGCUCUUGCUUAAAACCGUCUGAUAUUAUAUUUUUGGCUAUACGGACUAUUUUCAUUAAGCAAACCGACGCUCUCUCGAAUGUUGUAGAUUUCUUUAGUUCGCCGCUUCACUCUUCUUUCCAUCAUGUCGUAUCGCAACUCUUGGGCCGAUUUUCGGCCACGGAUAUCUCGCCGCUUCACCACUCUUGAAGGUUGGCGCGAAAUCGGCACGGGCGUCUAUGUCGCAGGCUCGUCCACUGUCCGAGUUUUCUCUAUCCAGCAUCAAUUCGAUGCUGAUAGUUACUAUGACGAGAGGACAUCGUGGACGCGGCCUAGCAAAGCAGAUUCAGUCAGUCUCCAGUCCUGGAAGAGCCCCGAUCAGCCGAUAUCGACAGGACUCAGUGAAAUUGGCGAGUCGGAAAAAUGGGUGUCGGUUGGCCCAGAACCACUAUAUCAUGUUUUCUCGAGGAAGCAAAAAUGGAUGGUGGUGGCGAUGAUUGGCGUUGCAGGACUCUUUUCUGGUCUCUCAUCGAACAUCUAUUUUCCCGCUCUCGAUGCAAUAGCGACGGAUCUGAAAGUCAGCCUCAAUACAGUCUCGCUGACAAUCACCUCAUAUCUGGUUAUCCAGGGGAUAUCUCCGCUAUUCUGGGGAUCACUGUCAGAUACUGUGGGACGGCGACCGAUAUACAUAUUCUCCUUCCUAACGUACAUUGUUGCGAAUAUUGGCCUCAGCUUUUCCCCGAACUUUGCGGUCCUCUUGAUCUUCAGGGGACUGCAAUCGGCGGGCAGCGCAUCGACCGUAAGCAUCGGAAAUGGAGUCAUCCAAGACAUCACCCCGCCAGCUGAGAGAGGCGGUUUCAUCAGCUUCUACCAAGCCAUCCGGAACUUCAGCAUAGCCGCAGGCCCCGUCCUCGGGGGCGUCAUAGCCAACUUUCUUGGCUUUAGGUCGAUCUUUAUUUUCCUCUUGAUAUUGUCGUCCGUCGUCAUUGUUGCGAUAAUCAUUUUGCUCCCCGAGACUCUACGUAGCAUCGCUGGAAACGGGUCGCUUAGGCUCCGCGGCAUCCACCAGCCUCUUGUCCGCCUUUUUACGAAAGAUCCACCGUACAUACAAGACUGCGAUGACACAUAUACGUCGCCGAAAGUGACGGCAAGGACGUUUCUAGAGCCGCUGCUCCUCUUGAAAGAGAAAGAUAUCGUAGCCAGUCUCAUCUUCGGUGGUACGAUCUAUGCGAUAUGGAGUAUGGUGACAUCAAGUACAACAGGCCUCUUUAAGCAGAUCUUUCACCUCAAUGAGCUCCUCCUUGGGCUUGCGUUCAUUCCCAAUGGCCUAGGCACAAUCGUUGGCUCGACCAUAAUCGGCAACCUCAUGAACGAGUCCUAUCGCGCCGCAGAAACCGCCUACAGAUCCCGCCUUGGUCUCCCCUCCUCUUACACGCUGCCGAGGAAAGCUCUACCCGCCGACUUCCCUAUUGAGCAUGCCCGGCUCAGACAUACGAAAUGGAUAACCGCGCUCUUCGUUUUCAGUCUUGUCGCUUAUGGCUUCUCUCUCUCCUUUCCUGGACUCACCUCCCGUCCGGGCUGGAUCGCGGUGCCUCUGUUCCUGCAAUUCCUUAUCGCCGCGACGUCGAACGCCGUGUUCGCCAUCAACCAAACCUUAGUGUCCGACCUAUGCCCAGGGAAAGGAGCUUCGAGUACCGCGAUCAACAACCUUGUGAGAUGCUCAAUGGGUGCUGUUGGUGUAGCGAUCGUGGAGCAGCUCAUUGCAGGGAUGGGAACCGCCGGCGCGUUCUUAGCACUUGGCUUGGUGACGGCUGGGGUCGUGCCGUUGUUUGUAGCGCAGUGGUACUGGGGCGCAUCGUGGAGGAAAGAGAGGACGGAAAGGAAUGGGAAAAGUGUUGGGGCGUAGGAUGCUGAAUAAGCCGUGCAUACUGUAUCCGAAUACGAGUGAGGGUCUGGUGGCGCAAGCCAAGCG